AAAAAAAAAAAAACCGGAAAGGACAGAAUAUAUUGAGUGUAAGAAUCUAUGACUAACUGAUAAAGUUGUAUACGAAAAAUCUUGCUAAAAAUAAAGUGAAAGACUCACGAGGUCUAUAUAUAUUUUAGUUAACUCGAUUCUAAGGAUUGGAAGAGAGGAUUUUUCCACUCAGUACCCCAGGAGUUCCUUUUCGACACACUCAGUCAGGAAAUACUUGGCGUGUGCCAUAUCACUCGUGCUAAUUUUACGUGCCUUGCUGAGUAAGCUCGAAGUUUCUGAGUCAAAGUUUGGCUGCGACAUUGUUGUUGCUGCAGCUGUUGAUGUUGUAACCGGAAUGCCAUGAUCUUUUGACCGAGAAGAACGAAGUAAUAUCAGUGAAGCUCGUUCAUGCUUUUUUGUUCGCCAUUUUGAAUUGAGGUCACAGACACAAAGACGGUCUUCGUAUACAGUCUAUACACUGUCUUUAUCUCAAAUGUCCAAUUUGCAAAACCUUUAAUAAGGUAUUUAUAAAAUGUUACUUUUAUAUAUAUGCGAUUAGCAUUCGAAGUUUGCACUGGGCAAUAAGACAAGCAAUUCAUCUUACAUGUAAAUAUUGUCUUAAACCAACUUGAGAGUAGAAGGCAAACCUUUUCGCGGUUAAGAUCAAGAGAGCUUUCGACUUUCGGAGCUUUUGCUUACGAAUUAAAAGCCAGUUAUUCAUAUCGAUAUGCCGGUGUAGUUGUAUUGUGUAAGCUUUCUGUUUUUCCGAGAAAACAACACGAUGGGUCCGAGGAUCAUGACUGUGGUAACGUUUCCCGGAAUUAUAUAUUCAAGAUUCCGAGAAAACCGGAAGUUCUCAUGGGUGACUAAUAGCUCAUUGUGUUGGCCCUUCGGAUUACAAUACCGAGGUUUUGUCGUCGAAUUCGAGCCUUUUAAACACUACAGAGAUGACGUCACUGUGGAACUGGUUGGUAGCAGACUACACUUUAACGAAGAAACUUCGUAAAUAUUCCGUCAAGCACGUGAAGAUUUCCAAAGCUGACAUGAGUCGCACUAAAAAGCUGGUAGGAGAUUACAUUGAAGAUGAGAUCAUGUGGUAUUGUCGCCGAAAUUCUACCCUCCCAAUCCAGAAUCUACAAUAUACUAGAAGCGUGUAUGAGAAGCUGAAAACGGAAGCGGCCGAAGAAGUCGAUGUCAUGGUAGUGCUCAAGACCUAUAAACCCUGGUUUUGGGGUGAUCCUGAAGUGAUAGUAGAAGAAACAGACAUACCAGGCUAUGUGCGACUCAAGACAACUAUGGCUGACUCGAAACUUCGCAAGUACGUGAAUUCGGAAGGGUAUAUCAUUCCUGAGCGUCUACGAAAUGGUUGGUUCUACAGUCUCGUUGAUCAAGCAGUAAGAGAUUUUAGAGGUAGAUCGCCAGAUUCUGACGUCAACUUGGUUUUGCGCUACCAUGGGCCAGCUGUUCAGCUAGAUAUCUUCCAAAAAGGAACUGGCGAGAUACUUCUCUCAGCUGAUCUUGUGCCAUGCUUAGAAAGUAAUUCCGGUCAUUACUUCGUUGCAAAACGUUAUGCAGGGUCUGACCUCCUUUGGAGGCGGUCGUUUUCACGGGAGGAGAAAUAUCUGUUAUGGGGUAUGGAUAGAGAUGAUCACGGCUGCAGACAUGAGCUCCUCAGAAUCGUGAAAACCAUCGUGAAGAGGGAACGGACAUCCCUUGGACGACUGCACUCAUACCACUUGAAGACCGCCUUCAUGCACUACAUUAAAGAGAAGCCUAAUAACUGGGCAGGCUGGAACUCGCUGGGGAAACACUUCGUUGGCUUUCUCGCUGAGCUUCAAGCUUCCCUGGAGAGAGGAAGCCUUCCGCACUACUGGCUACCAAAAGUGAAUGUUCUAUAUGACAUCCACCACGGAGUUGUCGAGCAAAUGGCAUAUCGUUUGAAAAGGAUCCUCAACAGUGAAGCAGUGAGAAAUGAUAUUCUCGAGCUAGAAGAAAAGGGGAACCAGCAGCUUCAACGAGGAAUUGCCGAAAGAGACCAUAACCGUCCUGUCUGUUUAGUACCUUUGCACUGUUUGAUUUGUGUGCUUUUUUGCUUGUUUGUUUGUUCGAUGUUUUGCGAACUAACCAAGAGCAAUUAGCACUAACAUUUGUCACAAGAGUUGUAUGAAUCGUCCUGCCUGUAUAUACCGUUGUAUACCGUUCUUGUUUCAGAUAACAUAACAGUGACCAUAAAUAUCGAUAUGCACUUGCUUCUGCUAGAAAUUUUCUACAAUUCUAUGUUUUAAUGAUAAAUAAAGUUCAGAGGUCAAAAGAAGUGGGGAAAUCCCCGAUUGAACACGUCAUCUUCCAGUUUCUAAAUAUUUGAAUGACGCAUGCCUCCAUCUUUAAUUACUUCAGGAAAUAGCCCAAACAAAAUACGUUCGCUGAUUGGUUAAAAGUCAUGUUUCCAUUAAACAAUCAGAUUAUGAGCGCGAGAUUUCCAUCGCGUGAUA